AUGCAAGCAGUCAAAUGUGUUGUCGUCGGGGAUAACACCGCAGACAAAACUCUCUUAUUAACAUCUUUCACAAGGGAUAUAUUUCCUGGUGAAUAUAUACCAACAGUGUUUCUUAAUUAUUUAGUUAAUAUUACGGUUGAUGGAAAAUCUAUUAAUCUUGGCUUAUGGGAUACAGCUGGCCAAGAGGAUUAUGAUUGUCUCCGUCCAUUAUCUUACGUAGAAACUGAUGUUUUCCUUAUUUGCUUUUCUCUCGUUAAUCUAGCUUCGUUUGAAAAUGUUCGCAAGAAAUGGUAUCCUGAAGUCAAACAUCAUUGUCCUCAUACGCCAAUUAUUUUAGUCGGUACAAAACUUGAUUUACGUAAUGAUACAAGUGUCAUUGAAAAACUUCGACAACAAAAAUUAGCACCGAUAACAAGUCUUCAAGGUGAAGAAAUGCGCAAAAAAAUUGGUGCAGUUAAAUAUUUAGAAUGUUCUGCAUUAACAAAAGAAGGUCUUAAGACGGUAUUUGAAGAAGCAAUUCGUGCUUGUCGACAUUCAAAGCCAACUGCUUGA